CCCCUCCUUUGCCCUCUCCGUGCCCCCCGUGCCCCCCCAGCUGAACGGUGGCAUCGGCAUCAUCCACCACAACUGCACCCCCGAGUUCCAGGCCAGCGAGGUGCGCAAGGUCAAGCGGUUCGAGCAGGGGUUCAUCACGGAGCCGCUGGUGAUGAGCCCGGCGCACACCGUGGGGGACGUGUGGGACGCCAAGGCCCGGCUCGGCUUCUCGGGGGUGCCCGUCACCCACUCGGGCCGCCUGGGGGGGCGGCUCGAGGGCAUCGUCACCUCCCGGGACAUCGACUUCCUGCGGGAGCGGGACAGGGGCACCCCCCUGGCUGAGGUGAUGACCAAGCGCAGGGACCUGGUGGUGGCCCCGGCUGGUGUCACCCUCAAAGAGGCCAAUGAGAUCCUGCAGCGCAGCAAGAAGGGGAAGCUGCCGAUCGUGAACAGCCGGGACGAGCUCGUGGCCCUCAUGGCCCGCACGGACCUGAAGAAGAACCGGGAGCACCCGGCGGCCUCCAAGGACGGGCGGAAGCAGCUCCGGGUGGGCGCCGCCAUCGGCACCCGCGAGGACGACAAGUACCGGCUGGACCUGCUCGUGCAGGCAGGGGCCGACCUCGUGGUGCUGGACUCGUCUCAGGGGAACUCGCGGUACCAGCUCAGCAUGAUCCGCUACAUCAAGGCCAAGUACCCCGAGCUGCAGGUCGUGGGGGGCAACGUGGUGACGGCUGCCCAGGCCAAGAACCUGAUCGACGCGGGGGUGGACGCGCUGCGGGUGGGGAUGGGCAGCGGCUCCAUCUGCAUCACCCAGGAAGUGCUGGCGUGUGGCCGUGCCCAGGCCACGGCCGUGUACCGCGUGGCCGAGUACGCGCGGCGCUUCGGCGUCCCCGUCAUCGCCGACGGCGGCAUCCGCAGCCCCGGGCACGCCGUCAAGGCCCUGGCACUGGGGGCCUCCACCGUGAUGAUGGGGUCUCUGCUGGCGGCCACCACGGAGGCACCGGGCGAGUUCUUCUACUCGGAGGGGGUGCGGCUGAAGCAGUACCGGGGCAUGGGGUCCCUGGACGCCAUGGAGCAGGGCCCGGGCAGCCAGAAACGCUACUUCAGCGAAGGGGACCCGGUGAAGGUGGCGCAGGGGGUGUCGGGCUCGGUGCAGGACAAGGGCUCCAUCCACAAGUUCGUGCCGUACCUGCUGGCCGGGCUCCAGCACGGCUGCCAGGACCUGGGGGCUCGCAGCCUCUCGGUGCUCAGGUCCAUGAUGUACGCGGGGGAGCUGAAGUUCGAGCGCAGGACGUUGGCGGCGCAGGUCGAGGGGGGGGUGCACGGGCUGCACUCCUUCACGGUCCUGCCAUUGACGAGAGGCGGCUGCACUGAGGAGGGGCCCCCCCGGGCCGGCGCCCCCCGCCCAGAGCCCGCGGGGACCCCCCCGGCCCCCCGACACCGUCGCUGCUAAUGCUGCACCAGGACCCCCGAAAUGGAGGGGCCCUGAACCCCCCCGCCCCGAGCACAGGGGGGUGUGGGGACCCACAAACCCUCCUGGAAUUGGGGGUGCGGGGAACCCCCAAAACCCCCACGGGGCACCACAGGGGGUGUGGGGGACCCCCCGAGCCCUUGGAAAUGGGGGUGCAGGGAUCCCGAAAACCCCCCUGGGCACCACGAGGCUGCAGGGACCCCACAAACUCCUCUGGAAAUGGAGGUUCAGGGACCCCACAAAAUCCCCCAGGAAUGGGGUGCGGGGACCACCCCAAGCCCCCUGGGGGUCUCCCCCAAACCCUCCCUGGCACUGCAGAGACUGGGGAGGGGGGUGUCCCUCUGUCCCCCCAGAGCGGGGAUGGGGGGACCCCCCGAGCACCAAGGGGACCCCUCAAGCACCAAGGGGAUGCCCCAGCACCAAGGGGACCUCCCAGCAUCCGGGGGGGACCCCACAGCACCCCAGGGACCCCAAAAAGGCCUGUGGCCCCCCCCCAGUGCGGGGGGACCCCCGACUCGCUGUAUCCAGGGGUCAAUAAAGUCACGGAGCAUCG